AUGACGGCCCCUGUGCUCGCCAGGGUUCAGUCGGGCAAUGUGACUGUUGGGUUCUACAACCCUUACAAGUACCAGGGCCCUACGGGCAGCGCCGCCCCCGCCCCGACGGACCCCAGUGUCUACAUCCAGCAGCUGCCCUCCCUGGAGGUCUACGUCCUGUCCUACGGCGGCUUGACCAGCUCCGCCACCCAGAAGCAGAAGCGUGAUGAGCUGGCGGCCGCCCUCAAGGCCGCCAAGCUGCCCUUCGACAGCUCGACCUGGUUCACGGCCGGCUACGACGCCCCCUACCAGCUGCUCAACAGGCACAACGAGGUCAUGAUACCCGCGACACCUGUGGCGCCUGCGGCACCAGCCACUGCCCCUGCAAAGGCUGUUCCCGCCGCCGCCGCCAAGGCCAGCCCGGUCGCCGCGGCCGCCAAGGCAGCGACCGCUUCCCCUGCUGCCAAGCCAGCUCUGACCUCCCCCGUGGCCAAGCCCGCGGCCGCCGGGCGUAAGCUCAAGCUGUGA